AUGUCAGCCAAACCAGGCGACCGCCUCAAAGAUGAAGGCACCCGCCUCCAAGUCACCGCCGCCGGCGCCACAGCCGGUGUAGUCUCUCGCUUCGUCAUAGCCCCCCUAGACGUAGUCAAAAUCCGCCUCCAACUCCAAACCCACUCCCUCUCCGACCCCCUCUCCACCCGCAACCUCCACGGCUCCCCUAUCUACAAAGGCACCCUCCCCACCCUCCUCUCCAUUUUUCGGUCCGAAGGCCUCACCGGCCUCUGGAAAGGAAACCUCCCCGCCGAACUCCUGUACCUCUGCUACUUCGCCGUCCAGUUCACCACCUACCGCCAAACCACUCUCCUCCUCCACUCCACCCUCGGCGAGUCUACCCUCCCCCCAUCAGCAGAAUCCUUCAUCUCCGGCGCGGCAGCCGGAGCAACAGGCACAACAGCCACCUACCCCCUCGACCUCCUACGAACCCGCUUCGCCGCCCAGGGCAAUGACAAAAUCUACAAGGGCUUCCUCCCCGCCAUCAGACAGAUCCAUCACCAGGAGGGGUACAAAGGUUUCUUCCGGGGGUUAGCCCCCGCCCUGGGACAGAUCAUCCCCUUUAUGGGGACGUUCUUCGCCGUGUACGAGACCCUCCGUCCCAAAUUGUCAAAGCUGGAGCUUCCCUUCAGUUCAGGCGGGGCAUUGACAGGGACGAUAGCUUCUGUUAUUGCCAAAACAGGGACGUUUCCGUUGGAUUUGGUGAGAAAGAGAAUACAGGUGCAGGGCCCGACGAGGGGGGGGUAUGUGCAUAAGAAUAUACCAGAGUAUACCCACGGGACAUUUGGUACGAUGAGGGAGAUUGUAGCGCGGGAGGGGGUGAGGGGGUUGUAUAGGGGGUUGACGGUGAGCUUGGUCAAGGCUGCGCCGGCGAGCGCGGUGACCAUGUGGACUUAUGAGCGGGCGUUGAGGUUUUAUGGGAGUUUUGGAACAGGGGGGAAUAACGUCAAGGGGAUUUGA